UGUGUUGUGAAGUGAGAUACUGACAUUUCCUAUGAAGGAGGGAGAAUGUCUCUCAAGCUACCUCGGAACUGGGACUUCAGCACCCUCAAAGCUGAAACCGCCAGAAUAGGUAAGUUACUGGUUGUUAAACUGAACAUAAAGCUAUUCUUAGAAGUCAUUGCAUUUGUGUAAGUAGGUUUGUUCUAUGAUCAGUUGCAUUGUACACUAGUGUAUAGUAUGUGUGUGUAACAGGCCUCUAGGUAAAGAGACUGGACCUGUGGGUGUGACAUGAGGUUGACUGUGGCUCUGUUUUUCUUAUACUUGGUUAUAUUAGCAGUGUUUGUGGUCCAGGGCAUUGGCUUCCAGUAGGAUCAUACACCUGAUCACAAAUGGGGUGGUGCACCUAUAACGCAGUUGUCAUCAACAUGAGUCAGUGAAAACAGUGUGGAUGCUUCUAUUUGCAAUGAACAGUUUUAUGUAGUAGGCUUUACUGGAUGCACAUCAGCAUUGCUGGGAAGCAGUGGUUUAGCGCAGAUUUGCAAGCCACCCCCCCCCCCCCCCCCCAUAUAAUAAAUUGCCAAUACUUUAUUCAGUAAAUUAAGACAUUAUGAAGUGGGUAUAAACAGUAUCCUGAAUAGUGUAAUAACUUGAACCAAUAAUGUAAUAACAACCCAUAAAAAAAUAAAACAACUAAAUUCACUGUCUUUUUUUUCAUGCAUAUCAACUGUCAUGCUUCAGUAAUCGCCUGACUACACACCAAACCAAUUUAUGAAUCCUUAUUUGAUGUUACUAAGGGACUAUAACUGGACAGUUAAUUAAGUGGACUAAUGUUGGAGGGGCUAUACUCAUCUUUCCCAGCAGACAUAAACGAGGAGACCGUGGCAUUUGAAUUCCGACACACAUAGAUAUUACAGAUAAUACAGUCCCAACAUGUUGUCAUAUCUACAGAACAUAUGUCAAAUGGAGCCAUGAAGUACUGUUUGACCUGCCAAAGAAAAGGUGUAACACUUCCAUAUGUGAGGCUCAUAAGAGGACUGUAAAGGCAGAUAAAUCAAAGUAGUGGAAAAAAACACAGGUUUUGGCCUUGGACCGAUAGAUGCGGUAAAUGAGUCAAUGGCAGAUGGUCCAUUGACCAGAUUGGCGCACGUUCAACAAAUAAGUAGAUAUUUGUCAAAUCCGUCAUGAUUUGUGUUUUGUAACAGGCCCACAAUGUGGUUACUUAAGUCUGAUUUUGAUAUAUUUGGCUGUUUUCGCUUCAUAACAUGUAGUCCCUUUUCAGGUUUAGAAGAAGUGACUGCCUAAUGCUAACUCCCAUUCGUAUAAACUGGUUAGCAUAGCUAGCAUACAGAAAUUGGUGGUGGUAGUCAGUCAUUUUGAACUGUAAUGCAGUUGAUUGGUAACGAUGACAGAAACAUGUGUUGGGGUUGACAUCCAUAUAAGCAUUAUACUGCGAUCUUUACCUCAACAAUAUUUCCCCCAAGGCCCUUUCCCCAAUGCGUUUCCAUGGCAAAUCCAUUGUUUAGGUCGAGUUCGAUUGACCUCUUUACCACAUCUACGGGUUAAGUGUGAGUGAGUGAGUGAGUGAAUCAGUGAGUCUGUCUGUCUGACAUGAGUCUGGUUCGAUCUCCACUCUGUAAGGCAAAGUAGCCUGGUCAAUCCUGGGAUAAGGAGGAGUGAAACUCUUCUUGAAUAUUUUUGUGAUCAUUAGAAUUUGGCUACACAUGACUGCAAGGUGUGUCUUCAAAUUGAGGAGUGUUGUUAUUUUUUCUCUCUGAUGACACUGGAUGUUUGAAAGGAAGUGCAAGUCUGUUGUGGCAAUGGAUGCAAAUGAAAGUGUUGAAGUCUGUGACACUUAAUAUGCAUGCCUUUAAAGAAAAAUAGUGAUUCUAGGUUAUUAUUACACUAUUGGUUUAAGUUAUUACACUGUUGAUUAACCUUUUUAGUUUUAUCCACUUUAUAAAUGUAAUAUUCAUUUAACAUUUUCUUCACUACUGUGGUGGGGGGGGGGGGGGGGGGGGGGACUGUCCUAGCUUCAGGGGGAAGCUGGUUACACCAUUGGGGUGCCAGGACAGAGAAGAGCUUGUACUGGGCUGAGCUGGCCAAGAGACCAGAGGUGGCAGAACGGAGUGCUUGGGUUGGGGUGUAGGGUUUGAGCAUAGGCUGAAGGUAGGGGGGGGCAGUUCCUCUUGCUGCUCCAUAGGCAAGUACCAUGGUCUUGUAAUGAAUGCGAGCUUCGACUGGAAGCCAGUGGAGUGUGCGGAGGAGCGGGUUGACAUGGGAGAACUUGGGAAGGUUGAACACCAGGCGGUCUGCAGCAUUCUGGAUAAAUUACAGGGGUUUGAUGGCACAAGCGGGGAGCCCAGCCAACAGCAAAUUGAGGGAGUCCUGACGGGAGAUGACAAGUGCCUGGAUUAGGACCUGCGCCGCUUCCUGUGUGAGGUACAGUCGUACUCUACCGAUGUUGUAGAGCAUGAACCUGCAGGAGCAAGUCACUGCUUUGAUGUUUGCAGAGAACAACACAGGUUGAUGUCCAGGGUCACGCCAAGGUUCUUUGCGCUCUGGGAGCGGGACACCGUGGAGUUGUCAACUGUCUUGGAGAGGGCUUCCCCUCUUACAUUAUGCGCCAAAACGUUAUUACGUUAUGCAUUCUGCAUAUUUAUUACAUUAUUGGCAAUUUAUUACAUUGUCAGCAUUUAUUACAUUAUAAAUGCUAAAGUUAUUACAUUAUUAGCAGAUAACUUCCUGCAAUUCUACAUAUUUUGCCAUGGGCCAAAGAGAAAAAUGUGUAGUUUUAUAGCUAAUCACAUGCUAUUCUACACAUUUUGCCAUGAGGCUGAAAGAAAAUGUUGCUGUUACACAUUUUGCCAUGGGGCAGAGAGAAAUGUGUAGUUUUAUAGCUAAUUUCAUGCUAUUCUACACAUUUUACCAUGAGGCUGAGAGAAACUUUUGAAUUUUUUAAGCUAAUCUCCUCAGAGCUGUGGGGGUUUCUGCUACGCCAGUGGCAGUAAGACGUUUUUGAUUUCCUCUGUGCUCUUUGGUGCUUUCAGCAGGAAGCUGAUGAAAUGCCAGAACAGUAGCUGUGAGUAGGGUUGCAAAGGAAGGGUAUAUUACCGGUAACUUCGGAAGUUUACCAAUAUACUACCAGAAUUUUGGAAACUUUCAAGGAUUUUAUGGAAUUUUCAUAACAUGUAAAAUGUAUAAAAUAACAAAAUAAUUGAUUUUAAUAUAAAAAAGGGAAUGAUAAAGCUGUAAAACAUUAUCCUAAAUAGAACCCAUCAACUUAAUGAAUACCUUUGGUUUUUCUGUUGGGUUUCAGCAUGAAAUAUCCUUUAUAUUUUGAUAGCCUUUUCUUUAUUUUACUAAUAUGUCUUUGUGGUGGCAGUUGUGAAAAAAGUCAGUAGUUGGAAGAGCUGCAGAGUUAAUUGCAAAUGAUGUCAUUGUUGAUUAGAUAAUUUUUUCAUUAAUUAGGCUAUUUUCUCUUCAGCCAUAUGGUCUAUCCAAUAGAAAUAGGUGUGUGGGUGGGUGGAUGGCGGGUUGAAUAAAGAGAAAACGAUAACUUAAAAAAUCCAUAAAUGUAUAAUUCUUGUGCAAUUUAUAUCUAUAUGGUACAUUUAGGUUUUUCUUUCAUUAUUUUAGGCUAUCUGGCAUUAGUGCGUAAGCCUAAGCUUUAGGGCCCAACUGUACACGUGCCAAAUAGACCACACGCCAACGGGCAGAAAAAGUUAACAUUGAUUGAGGCCAGAAAAGUAAUGUUUGGGAAAUAUUUGGUGAAGUGGUAAAAGAGGUUGAUACCAGUGCCUAUGUUGUGUGUGAUGAUUGUGAGGCGGUACACAAAUUCGACAGUACAAGACGGGGACUUCAAAUAGGCUUAUGGCACGUACGUCUGACACUGACUGUAGGUCUAUAACCACUCACAUAGCCUUAAUACGAACUCCUGCAGAAUUAAGCAUUUCUUGCUGUAAAAUGAUACACCAAAUGCAGGCUAAAUUUGGACUUGGGAACAGGAGUGGAGAAAUAUGAUUUAUUUAUUUCAGCAUCUUGCUAUUUUUAUCAGCAUCAUAAAAGCUGAUAGUAUUUCAACCAUAUAAAAUAUGCAUCCAAGCCGAACUGAAAUCUUAUCAGAAACUUGUUGGGUGGAUUCACAGCUUUCUAUUUCCUUACAAUUGGUCAAACUGAUGUCAUUUGGAAAUUUUGCACAUUUUCUCCCAGGUCCCUAAAGAUCUUUGUUACUGAUGUCAACUAGUAUAUUGAAGCAUUCAUUCUAUCGAUUUAUGACAUUAUUCUGGUGAGCAAGGGUUUAUUUAGGCUUAUAGGGCAACAUAUGACAGAAGAGAAGCUGCAUGUAUCUAAUUAUAGACAAGUUGACUAACAAAUAGCAUACCAAAAUGUCGGAAAUUAUAAGCGGAAACACAUCUAAAUCAGGCAACAACAAAAAAUCUGCACCCCCUGUCAAAAAAUCGUUCCUCCGUCUCUGACUGUGGCCUACAGCCAUUUUCUAUAUUAGUGGGUUAGGGUCAGUUGCGGGCCUCAGAUUUUCAAUUUAUCACAUAUAGUCGGGCGAUUGCAGAUGGGUUAUUAGCAAUUGUGGACGGUGUGGGUGAACUAACAGCUGACCCGCACACCACUAGUGUGUGUGUGGGAGAGAAAGGGAGAGAGAGAGAGAGACCAUGUGAGAAGGCCUGAUGUACUUCUCUACAUCACUACUGUAUUUUUCCUUACACCACUACACUACUAUAAAAGUCAAUGGCAUUCCAUAGCUAGGCAUAAGAAAUAUGUACACAGAAUUAAAAUGUACAGUUACACAACUGAAUGGGGCAAGUGUGUUCUGUCAUUUGAAUUGCUAAAGUUACCACCCUAUUCAGUGCGCUGCUUUUGACCAGGGCCCAUAGGGUUCUGGUGAAAAGUAGUGCACUAUAGCAAAUAGGGGUUCAACAUUCACUUUUUCUUCAGAACAUCAUUGAGAUAAUUUGAAACUUCAUAAUCCUGCGAGUGCUGCACAGUUCAAUCAAGCCUCAUUAAUUUAACAUUAUUCAACUUGGCGUAAAACAGCUGGGCUUGAUUGAGAAUUUCUACGUUUCUUUCUGGUUCCAUGGGGACUAAUGGUUCUAGGAGGUCCUCUGUCUAGUUGAAAAGUUCCUCAAAGGUCUGUGUCCAUCUUUCCAGAGGGUGUGGUGUCUCAUACACCACUGUGUGUGGGCCCGAGGUUCGUCCAGAACCUUUUGACCAAAGGGUCUGAGUUCUAGGUAGGGGCCUUCAAAGCGUUUCUCCCAUUGAGCGAUGAUGCAGUAGCUUCCUGUUUAUAUAGGUUCAUCUUCUCUUCUUUUCUUUCAUCUGGUCUGGGAGGUCACAGUGAAUUACACAACCAGUGACGGAACGCUCUCAAUUGCAAUCAGUCUAAUCUCUCCGGCAACCUAUGGUACCACCCUACGUGUCACUCCGUCCGUCGCUUUCUCUCUCCAUUCUGUGCCACGUAGCCUACUUUGGCCAGAAUCUCCCUGUGCUGCCUGACUUUAUCGUUGUGAGAAAUAGUCCCUCUGUCCUGCUGCUCGUUAAGCUGAAUGUCUACUCUUGUGCCCCCAAAUGUUUUUGAACUCACCGUAGCUUGCAGGUGUGAAGUUGAGCAGAGCUGACUUCAUAAAAACCUCACUUUUUUUUUUCAAAUCAAAAUAUGAUUGGUUCAUUCCACUGUCUAAUACAAUUGAAUGGCAGAGUCCUUCUCUCCAGCUUCUGAAGGCCUAGCCAAUGGCUGGCUGAGCUAGCUAGAUUUUUCUCCCCAGAGACCACCAAAGAAAAAUCCUGAUUAGAUAUUUUUUUCUCUUCAGUAUUAACCCGUAGCUUUCCAACACAAACUGAAGCGAUGCAAUCUGAAGAGCAUACAUUUUUUUGAAAAUAUGAAAUAAAAAUUAAAAAGAAGGCCCUCAGGGUUCCCAACUGACUUUGGGUCGCACACAUUCCACCGAAUGUGGAUCUCCAGUUCAUCUACUGAUCUCUAGUUCAUCUACUGAGCUCCAGUUCAUCUACUGAUCUCCAGUUCAUCUACUGAUCUUUGAGAGCGCAGUUAACGUCUGCCGACUUUUUCGCAAGAUUCUAAAUAUAAAAUUGGUUUGCACUGGGUUCGCAAAGUACUCUGGCAGGCAAACGCUAUUGGUGUGACACGUAGCCUACAACUUUACCUCCAUUUCCAUCCUUUCUUCAUACGCUUAUUUUUUUCUCUCUCAUGGUCUCCUCUGACAUCAAACACAGACGACUAAGACAGUCACGAUGUUAACACAGACGACUAAGACAGUCACGAUGUUGCUGAGCAAUGGAUGGCCUUUUAGUAAAGGGUAAAGAAACUAAAACAUGGACAAAUGACUCAACCAUGUCUAUAUUUAGGCCUUGUUGAGCAACCUGGUCUCAGAGCAUUUUGUAUUAGUCUGUACGUAAAUCCGUGACACUCCAUUUAGUAUAAUAUGUUACGUUUCGUAUGGUAUGUAUUAAAUUGUGGAUGUUCAUCACCCAUUUCGUAUGAUGUGUUGCGAAUUACAAUUCAUAUUAUAUUUUUUACGAAUUUGUAAAACAUACAAUAUGUUACGAAUUAGCAAAAGCUAGCAGGCUAAAGUUAGCAACUUUUGGGUUGCUAGACUUUCGGGUUAAACGCCUUCUCAUCCACCCCGACCAACCACCCUACUUUUGUUUUUGCCUUAAGUAACCAUCUGUGUUAUGUAACCAUACCAAACAUAACAUAUCAUACUAAUUUGAAUAUUUACUAUGUUACGUCUAGUCUAUGAGACCAGGCUGAGUUGAGACCAUAUUGUAUUAUUGUUCCUGAUUUGCUCUUUCCUCUAGUGCACUUUACUGUUGAAGGCCCAGUGUAUUUGUAGUUCACUACUUCCCACCCACUGAACAAUCAUGGCUAGAAUCUACAAUAGCAUGUACCUUGAACAGGAAGCUUGACAGGUCAGAUUGAGGCGGGCUGUUUCCUGCCAGGCCACCUCAAACAAGGGGGACAAAAAUACACUCAUCAAUUUUCAGCCUGCAGCCCUGCACACAGCCACACACACUGACUACUCUUUACUGCAAAUGUCAGAUUGAUGCAUAUUCAAAUCAAUAAAAGAGUAAGACCUGACUUGACGGAUGUUGAGAACCUUGUUGACAUCCUGCCUGUGUUAAGUAAAGUGUCUCUUAAGGCUGUUUUUAACGGUCUGGUGUAUUUGUUUCCACUCUGCUGCAGCGCGGUCUAAGAGUGUGAUGCCUGGAGAGGGCAACCCUGGGUCAGGCUCGCCCGGGUCCACCACGAGGUCCAUGGAGAUGCCGCUGAAGGCAGGCUGGCUGAGGAAACAGAGGUCCAUCGUGAAGAACUGGCAGCUGCGUUACUUUGUGCUGAGAGGGAGCACGCUGACCUACCAUAAAGACGAAAAGGAGGGGACUGUCCAGGUGAGAGAUGAUGUGGUGAGGAGGGCAGAUAGGUCUGGGCACUAGCUAUCCUUUAACUGGCGUUUCCUGAUCUGGUCAUGUGGUUAGGAAAAACUCAGAGCCCUUUAAGCAUCCAAACAACACUACUGCUGUCAAUAUUCAGUUAGCAUGUUUCCAUCUUUAUUGAAGUCCUUUCCUGUGUUUCCUGUAGCCUAUAUGUGUUCUUUACUAAGAUGUCAGUGUCUGUCUGUCCCUCUGUCCGCAGGGAGUGAUCCAACUGAGGUUCAGUAAAGUCAAUGAGCUCCCACUGAACCAAGAUGACCCAGGGAAAUUCCUCUUUGAGAUCAUGCCGCGUAAGCAGAAGACUGUCUCUGUCUCUUUCUCUCUGUCUCUCUCUCUUUCCCCUUUUCCCUUUAUCUCUCUAUCUCUCUUUCACCCUCUCUCUCUCCCUCCGUCUCUCCAUUUCUCACUCUCUCUCUCGUCUCUCCUCUGAGAGAGGAAUUAAAGAGCCAUCUAUGUAUGAUGUAUCCCAGUAUGUUGGAGAGUCAUACCCUCUCUGUCUCUCUGUGUAUUCCAGGCAGCAGUGGUGAUCGGGAGCGGUGCCCCUACAUUCUCAUGGCCAACUCCCACAGUGAGAUGGAUGAGUGGGUCCGCACGCUGCGCAGGGUGGUUGGAGCGCCCUCUAGUGGAGGUACAGAUAGCCUAGUGAACAUAUUUAGAGACAGGAGUUUUCCCUGACCAAGGGACCUGACCAGGAAAAACAAUGUAUAACUAGGACCUAUAAUAUAUUUUUCCUGGUUGGAUCACGUGGUCAGGAAAAAUGCAGGGCUCUAGCGUGACAUCUGAACUUAUUUCCUUGACUUUUGGUUCGAGAACUCUUUUUGGAGUUGUCUUCGGGCCCAUGACAUAAACCAUACAAAUGUUUCUAGCCACAGGUCAGUAGGCCUACAUGGUCGCAAAGCAUGAGGAGCUAGCCACCGCUACCCACCAGACCAGUUGGUCUCGAGCCUCGACCCACAACUUGAGAAACCCUGUUUUUGAUUCUCCACAUUGUCCUCCAGUCUGGGCUGUGACUUACUCUAACUGCUCUCUUACCCCCUCAGCGAUAUUUGGCAAGAGCCUGGGUGAUACGGUGACCUAUGAGCAGCGGUUCGGCCCCCACAUGGUACCCAUCCUGGUGCAGAAGUGUGCUGAGUUCAUCAGAGAACACGGACUAAGUGAGGAGGGCAUCUUCAGACUGCCAGGACAAGACAACACCGUCAAACAGUUCAGGGACGCUUUCAACGCCGGAGAGAGACCUUCCUUCCCAAGGUGAGAUGCCUCAGAGCUAAGCUAACUUACGCAAGAGCGUUUGAAGGAACGCUCAAGGGUGCCAACAUACAAACAGAUAAUUAUUACACCCUUUUUAUACAAACUCAAAUCUGCCAAUUACCUAAAAGUUGCACAGAGAGAUGAGAGAGAUGCAGUCAGGAUGAUAGCGCAGAGAAGCCUAAUACACUUCUUCUGCUCUCUGUGCUCUGUGGCUUACACCACAUCCUGUCCAAGUAGAAAGAGAAGAGGAGUGCAACAUUAGUCAACAUCACAGGAAACAGUCUUAUUAGAACCUUCUGCCCACACUGAACUCUCUAUUGUGACAAAAUGAAUGAAAACGGGGAUAAACUGUUUUGUAGCUGGAUUCAACACAAAAUAGCAAUACACUCAGCACGACUGUAUGUUUGUGUGUGUGUGUGUGUGUGUGUGUGUGUGCAUGCAUGUGUGUGUGCGGUAGUGUGUGUGGCUGCGCUUGCCUAUGUACAGUAUGCACUGUUUAUGACUGUUUUGUGCCCUGCAGUGACACAGAUGUCCACACAGUGGCGUCGUUGUUCAAGUUGUACCUACGGGAUCUGCCUGAGCCGGUGGUUCCUUGGACACAGUACCAAGACUUCCUGGACUGCAGCCCCAUGCUGGACCCCAACAGUGCUGCAGUAGGAACUCAUAUUUACUUAAAUGAAGACUUUAAGCAAAUAUUGUCAUAAAUAAACCCUUUGCACUACAAUUUGUGUUUCUAUCAACUUGUAUUGGAACAAAUAUUUACUUCAAUUAAUUAUUUAGCUAAUAUUCUUAUAAAUAAACCUUUUCUCCAGGCUACAAUUUGUCAUUUAGCCUUAUUUCUAUCAACAGUUCUAAAAUGAGUAUCUACUGACUCAAUGUUUUGACUUCCUCUCAAUGAAGACCAUAGCCAAAUAUUAAUAUUAAAAAAAAAAUUCGGUACCGUUUGAAAUGUAUCUCUAUUUCUGUCAAUUGUGCCAAAAUUACUAUAUGGCUGCAUUUAGACAGGCUGCCCAAUUCUGAUAUUUUUUCCAAUAAUUGGUAUUUUGACCAAUCACACCAGAUCUUUUCACUUCAGAUCUUUUUCAAAGCUGAUCUGAUUGGUCAAAAGACCAAUUUGUGAAAAAUAUAUCUGAAUUGGGCUGUCUGUUUAAACGCAGCCUAUGUAGGCCAACUGAAUCAGUGUUUUGACUUACACAAUGUAUGUUCUAACUCUCUCUUUGCUCAGGGUCGUGAAAGACUGGAGAAGCAGAUCACCCUCCUUCCUAGACCCAACUAUAACCUCCUCAGCUACAUAUGCAGGUGAGCUUACAGUCACACAACCAAAGAUCAGGGGGAUAAGGGGGUAAUUGAUUGAAUUACAAUUCAUAGAACCUGUAGUUUGAAGCGCCUUGCGAAACAUUUGAAAAGCAAUUUGAUUACUACACUGUAAUAUUUAGUCUACAGCUUGCUCAUACAGCAUUUUGUGUUUGAUUCGAAAAUGUUUCUGGUGUGUGAGUGACUUUGCUGCAUAACCUCUCUUUGCAGGUUCUUAUUUGAGGUCCAGCAGAACUCCAAGGUGAACAAGAUGUGUGUUGAAAACCUGGCCACGGUCAUUGGGAUCAAUCUGCUCAAGCCUCAGAUCGAGGACCCCAUCACUAUGAUGAAGGGUGAGACCAGACCACUGCCUGUCAGGAUCCUCUUAGUGCACAAUGUAACAGGGUAGUACUGUCAUGAUCAGCAGUACGCUUUUAUCAUACUUAGAUUUUUCACAAACUGCUGCUGCUUGACACAAUGACCAACUGACCUUACUGACCUAGAAUAAAUACAAAUCAUGAUGUACUAUUUGAUUAAUUAUGAAAUUAAUAUACAUAAGCAAUGGCUCAUAGAUACAGUUUAAUGCACUGUAUAUCUACAAAUUACCUUGACUAACCUGUACCCCCGCACAUUGACUCGGUACCCCCUGUAUUUAGCCUCGUUAUAGUUUUUUUAUUGUGUAACUUUUUAUUUUAUUUUUUACUUUAUUUUAUUUAGUAAACUGCAUUGUUGGUUAAGGGCUUGUAAGUAAGCAUUUCACGGUAAGGUCUACACCUGUUGUAUUCGGCGCAUGUGACAAAUAACAUUUGAUUUGAUUUGAUUUGAUAUCAACAAAUUGUUUAUUUAUCCUCAUUAUAUGUUUCCCUUUCAGAACUGUUUGUGUGUUAACAGACUGUAUACUUGUCUGUGUCUCCUCCAGGUACUCCUCAGAUCCAGAAGUUGAUGACAGUGAUGAUCAGACAGCAUGAGGCUCUGUUUCCUCCGUCUGAAGACGUGGCUCCUUCACCCCCCAGCAAGAAGAGUGAGAGCAAGAAGCACAGCGCUCCACGCAGCUUCGUGGGCUGGGAGUCUGCUGAGGUAACAACAUAACAUCAUUAAACGCAGCACAUAGGGCCCUAAUCAAAAGUAGUGCACUAUAAAGGGAAUAGGGUACCAUUUAGGAUGUAUACUUAAAGAGGUUCUCCUAUUAUAUCCAAGAUGGCAUAGCAGUGCGGUCGUGUUUUCUGUAGUGUCCUUAUGUAAAUAGCCUGUUUUUUGUUUUUUUGUCUUUUUUGUAUAUAUUUCUCAAUCUCACUUUCCAUCCUUUAACUAAAUAUACUUUCCUGCAACCCGCCUCACCCAAUGUGGAACGGAUUCUGUUGUUUCUUCAUACAUUUUUAUCCAGAACCUCUGGCUGAAACUAGCCAGCUAACUAGCUACUUGCUAUUAGCCACCAUUAGCGGUCUUCACCAUUGUCCGUGGCUGUGGCCUGCACUACCUACCAGCCAGCUCUAGCCUGGACAAUUGUCGGCCAGUCUGCACAGUCUGCACAGCGCGCUAACGAGCCAGAGCAUAUCGGAUUUUCUGCCGGAACCACUGAAUCACUGGACCUUAACACCGGAUCAUCGCUAGCCAGCUAACUAGCUACUUGCUAUUAGCCACCGUUAGCGGUCUUCACCAUUGUCCGUGGCCAUGGCCUGCACUACCUACCAGCCAGCCAGCUCUAGCCUGGACUAUUAUUCGGCCAGUCUGCACUGUCUGCACAGCGCGUUAUCGACCCUGAACAUAUCGUUUUUCUGCCGGAAUCACUGAACCUUUAACACCGGAUUCAUCGCUACUAGCUAGCUGCAACCAAAUUGACAUUUGUGGUUGGCUAAUCAGCCCUGAGUUAGCCUUGAGCCAGGCCCAUCUCCCGGCUAUCUACCUCUCUGUCAACCGGACGGGACCUCCUAGUGUUGACACGGAGCCCCGCCGAUCCAACACGACUGGUCUGCCGACGAAAUCGUCUGAUGUGGUUACAACAGGCUUCCCAUUACGACGUCGACCACGAAGAUCUGCUAGCCCCGGCCCGCUAGCACACGCUAGCCGUGGCCUCUUGCUCGCUAGUGCUAUAGCAGCCCCCGAACUACCUCCGAACUAUCCUAUUGCUGUUCACCGGACCUUAUGAUAACUCAGCUAUACAGCUGAUGCCUGCUGGACUGUUCCUUUAUACAGUACCGCAUCCUGUUUAUGUUUAGCCUCAGCCCAAACUUUGUCGCCAUUACCAGCUGUUGUCUUAGCUCUCUCGAAUUACACCUGUGAUUGCUUUAUGCCUCUCUCCCAUAUCAAUAUGCCUUGCUUAUUGCUGUUUCGGUUAUUUCUUAUUGUACUAUUUCACUGUAGAUCCCCCAGCCCAGCUAAACCUGCCUUAGAUAGCUCCUUUGUCCCACCCCCCAUACACGUGGAGACCGACUCAAUCGGUGCCUCCAGUGAUGCUAUCUCUUUCAUCGUUACCCAACGCUUAGGUUUACCUCCACUGUACUCAUAUCCUUCCAUAUCCUUUUCUGUACAUAAUGCCCUGAAUCUAUUCUACAACGCCCGGAAACCUGCCCCUUUUUUUCUCUGUACCCAACGCACUAGAAGACCAGUACUUAAAGCCUUUAGCCAUAUCCUUAUUCUACUCCUCCUCUGUUCCUCUGGUGAUGUAGAGGUUAACCCAGGCCCUGUAGCCCCCAGUAUCACUCCUACUCCCCAGGCGUUAUCAUUUGUUGACUUCUGUAAUCGUAAAAGCCUUGGUUUCUUGCACGUUAACAUCCGAAGCCUCCUCCCUAAGUUUGAGUUAUUCACUGCGUUAGCACACUCCGCCAACCCUGAUGUUCUAGCAGUGUCUGAAUCCUGGCUUAGGAAGGCCACCAACAAUUCAGAAAUGUCCAUCCCCAACUACAACAUUUUCCGUCUUGAUAGAACUGCCAAAGGGGGUGGGGUUGCAAUCUACUGUAGAGAUAGCCUGCAGAGCUCUAUCGUACUAUCCAGGUCUGUGCCCAAACAGUUUGAGCUUCUACUUCUAAAAAUCCACCUUUCCAGAAAUAAGUAUCUCACUGUUGCCGCUUGCUACAGACCCCCCUCAGCCCCACCAUUGUGACCUGUACGCUCUUGUUGGCUGGCCGUCACUACAUAUUCGUCGCCAAACCCACUGGCUCCAGGUCAUCUAUAAAUCACUGCUAGGCAAAUCCCCGUCUUAUCUUAGCUCACUGGUUAUCAUAGCAACACCCACCCGUAGUCUGCGCUCCAGCAGGUAUAUCUCACUGGUCAUCCCCAAAGCCAACACCUCCUUUGGCCACCAUUCCUUCCAGUUCUCUGCUGCCAAUGACUGGAACGAACUGCAAAAAUCUCUGAAGCUGGAGACUCUUAUCUCCCUCACUAACUUUAAGCGUCAGUUGUCAGAGCAGCUUACCGAUCACUGCACCUGUACACAGCCUUUCUGAAAUUAGCCCACCCAACUACCUCAUCCCCAUAUUGUUAUUUAUUUUGCUAAUUUGCACCCCAGUAUCUCUAUUUGCACAUCAUCUUUUGCACAUCUAUCAUUCCAGUGUUAAUACGAAAUUGUAACUAUUUUGCACUAUGGCCUAUUUAUUGCCUUACCUCCAUAACUUACUACAUUCGCACAUACUGUAUAUAUCUUUUCUGUUGAAUUUUUGACUUUAUGUUUUGUUUACCCCAUAUAAUAAUAUAAAAUAAUAAUAUGCCAUUUAGCAGACGCUUUUAUCCAAAGCGACUUACAGUCAUGCGUGCAUACAUUUUUUGUGUAUGGGUGGUCCCGGGGAUCGAACCCACUACCUUGGCGUUACAAGCGCCGUGCUCUACCAGCUGAGCUACAGAGGACCAUAUGUAACGCUGUGUUGUUGUUUUUAUCGCACUGCUUUGCUUUAUCUUGGCCAGGUCGCAGUUGUAAAUGAGAACUUGUUCUCAACUGGCUUACCUGGUUAAAUAAAGGUUAAAUAAAAAAUAAAACAUUAUUUCAUACUGUGAACGUGGUAUUCUAUACAAAACGAAAUGAGUCAUAUAUUAUGAUACAUUAUACCAGUAAGCAUUGCAUAAAGCUAAACAAUAUAAAUAUAAUCUCUCAUUCUAGUUUUGUGGUCUAUACUACAUUCCACAUCCUCUAUGUCCCUGCAGUGUGAGGGCUUUCUGUCAGAGUCUCCAGAGGAGGAGGAGGAGGACACAGACACCCUGGGGGCUGAGCCAGUUACCAUCUCCAUCCCCCAGACUGGUCCCCAGCAGCCCCACUCCCCCUCCUCAUCCUCAGCCUUCGACCCCUUGUCUGGGAGCCCCCGCAAACGCACCCAGACCCUACCUACUUUGAACUGCCCUGUCCCGGGGAGCGGGAGAGCCGGCAAGCUGGAAGCCAUGAACCGCUGGAGCCGCAUCCAGGAGAGCAGCGAAGAGAAGGGGGAGAAGACUCUCUCAGAGGACAUCUUUAAGAUCCUGGACCUGCAGAAGACGUCUCUGUUCGGAGGCGCCCAGAAGGACUGGGAGGACAGAGGGACGGCCAGGAGAGGAUGUGACAUCACAGUCACCUAUGAUGACAUCACAGCCACCUCUUCGAAACCCAUUAAUGUCCCCCAGCAAAAGUCUCAGCCCUCGACUCCUGAGAAGAAGACAGAGGCCAGUACAGCUGUGGUUUCAUCUUCAGCCCUCCAACCAGACAGCAAGGCUGACCAGCAGGAAGACAGCCAGGGAAACUCAGAGCACCUCAUUACCAGGUCUGUAUAAUGGGGGUAAGAAUACUGUCUGCAUCCCAAAUGGCACCCUAUGCCCUACAUUAUGUUUUACUUAUGUAGGGAAUUGGAUGCUAUUUGAGACGCAGACACUAUCUUAUUGGAAAGGACAAAAUGUCAACACUAGUAAGAUUAUUACAUAAACACAUGCUUACACACACGCACACACACACUGACCUAUACAUACUUUACUCUGCAUUCAUAAAUAAUAUCUCCCCUCUCCCUCUCCCCUCUUCAUUCUCCGCUGUCAUGCAGCCUGCAGCAGAGGAACAAAGAGCUGAGUGCCACAGUAGCAGAGCUGCAGUCAGCCCUGGACGCAGAGAAGCGCUGUGUGUCCGCUCUGGAGAUCAGGCUGAGGAACGCGGAACGCAGCCGAGAUGAGGCCCAGAGACGUAACCAGGAGCUGGACCAAGAGAUACAGCAGUUCCUCAGCAGAGAACCAUGAGGGCCAACUUAGAACCACAAGGGCCAACUUAGAACCACGAGGGCCAACAUAGAACCACAGGAGCAAACUUAGAACCAUGAAGGGGCUAACCUAGAACCACGGGGGCCAACCUAGAUCCAGUAGCUCCCCACCAGGGAACCAUGAAGCCCACCUAGAACAUAGAACUGCCCAGAGCCUUAAGUUAUCAAAGAGAUCCCUCAAUAAAGUAUAUGGAUAUUUAACAUAGAGAUCUCUAAACUGUAACAUAACAUAGAGAUCCCUCAAUAUAGAGAUCUCCAACAUAGAGAAGAAAGCUCAUCACAGUGGACAUCACAGCCUCAUGCAGUUCACUGACUAUACGCCACCUGCUGUCCUACAAGACGUAGAGAGUCAGUGUCUUGGCCAGAGCUGUAACUCUGGCUGGGACAAGGAACAUGUUGCUACAGAUGCACGAUCUUAAUUUGACAAUUUUCUCACAGCAGGAAAAUAAUCCUGCAGCAACAGGAAAUGUGAAUUAUUGUGUGGAUUAUAAUUAAUGGACAUUUUUGUAGGGGGUGACACAUUUUUAGUUAGGGCAAAUCAAGUCUGACAUUUUCAAGUGGACAUUACAAACUUUAGAAGCCUUUUUAAACCUUGAAUACAUUUUACAUUUUAGUCAUUUAGCAGACGCUCUUAUCCAGAGCGAUUUACAGUUAGUGAGUGCAUAAUAUAUUUUUUUUUACACUAUACACUAUAAGUUUGCAACAACAACAAGGUAAUCAAAUUAAGAUCCUAUAUCUGUAGCUUGUAAGUUUGUUUGUUGAGAAAACCCAUGGGUAAACUCUUUAUCCAAACCAGCUGUUAUGUUGACUACACAUCACAUUUUAUAAACACAAAAUGAGGAAUACUGUGACUGUUUAUGAAUGGCCUUUGCUUGGUGUAGCUGAUUAUGUAGUAUGGAUGUGAUGUGCAGAUGCCUAUAAAAUGCUGAUAGUUGUUGACCAUGCAGGCUCCAUUACAUGUAUAUUCUUAGAGUACUUACAGCAUGUAAAUGCAAUAGCAGUUUGUGCGUAAUGUCCAGGUUAAGAGAAUGUCCAGGACACUUGGACUAUAAUGGUCUGUAUAAGUAUUUU